UUGACUUGUAUCAAAUAUUUACAAAUUAGUUAUCAGAUGCAAGACUUUGAUGAGCAAAGUACCUUGAAAUCUAGGACUAGAACCCAAAAGAGACCAAAUAAGCAUCAGAAUUGGAUACCAGCCUCUAGGUCUCUUGUUCAGAAUGCAGUGGAGGAUAGCGAUUCUCAAGAAAUGAGCCAAAGUGACUGAACAGUGGACAAAGCUAAGACUCCUGCCGCUAUUCUAAAGAGAGGACACAUGGAUGAAACUUUCCUGGAUGAGUUAAACAAGCUCAAGCAGCUCCAAGAUCCAGAAUAUCAAAAGCAGGUUAAAGCAGAAUACCUGACAACUUUGAUUGGGAGAAAAUAUCCAUAUCUUAGAUGCAGACUUAGUGAAUAUUUUUGUAAGAAGUUCACUGAGAAUUCAGCAAAGAUCCAUAGAAAUAUGCGUACUUCAAAGGUUUCAAGCAUUACUUGUCAAGUUCCUUCAGACAUAGAUGAGCUUUGUGAGAAAGUAAUGGAUCCUGAGAACUAUAAGUUCACUACUGAUAAACUCAUUACUGAUGUUAUACCUGAGAUGGAAGUGGACAAGGAUAACUUUGACAGAAUGAUGAGCCAAUAUGAGUUCUUUAUGACAUUUAAGUAUCUCUUUCCCAUGAGACCGUUCACUCCUAUUGAGAUGUAUAUAUCCCUAAACAGCCAGGAGCUAAAAGUGAAUCCAUUGCUGAACCAUAUAUUCAGCUCAUUCGUCAAAAGAUGGGACAAGUAUGUUCAGAGUAAAGGAAAGAACAAGACUAUCUCUUUUUAUCAUCAGAUGCGGCCUGAGCAAGCUGAGCUAGCAUGGUUCAAUAUUUUCAUGAUUUAUGCUGAUGAAUCUUGAGCGAAGACUUUUAAGCUGAAUUAUUUACCAGCAUCAUGCUUAGAAUUAUGAGAAAAUGAGAAUGCAUCAAUGUUCGAUUUUUACUCAAAACUGACCUUCAAAGAUAAGCUGGAUGUCUUGGAUGCGCUUAUUGAAAACAUAUAUGACGAGAGUAGAUCAUUUGGAGAAGCUUGCUUCCAGCUUCACUGUAGUAAGAUUGCCAAGAAGAUGAUGAUAAGCAGCUUCAAUAUUUACAAGGCCGAGUGUAAUCUUUUGACGAUUGAGAGCGAAGGAUCUCAGUUACAAUUAGAUGAAGAGCUUAAGAAUGAUCCCACAAAGAAAGAGAAGGUCAAUGACUGCUUAACAGAUAUCAAGGACUGUGCCAGAAUUGGCUUUGAGAAAGACUUUGUUGGUUCAAAGCUAGGAACUGCUAAGAAGAUACUUGGAUAUAAAUCAGUCGAGUUCUUUGGGUUCAUUCAUGAUCCAAGAAGGGUCUACCUCCGCUGCAAUACUUUUGAUGAUGAGUAUGAGUGGAAGUACUCAUUGAGCAUUAGAAGCCUGGUUGAGUCUAUCAAUGGUUUUAUUAAUCCUGAGCUGAAAUAACACACUGAAUAAUUUUGAGAUGUAUUCCUUUGUGUAUCGGAAAUUUUCAAAGAAGCAUUCUUACCAAGAUUACCUGGAUGAAUUCAAAAACGAAGCUAACAAGACCAAGCCAAGGAGUAGAUUCAAGAUUUUGCUACCACUGGCCACUCCUGAUACUUCAAGACAAGCCGAGGAUUUGUGCAUUCUGAAAGUCCUCAAUGAUAUGAAAUCUCUCCUCAAGGACUACUUCAAUCUCGGAAGGAAGAGCUACAGAGAUAAGGAAGUUGUUGCUUCUAUAAAUCUUCAGUUUGAAAAUAUCCUUUCACCAGAAUUUAAGAUGGACUCAAAGGAAUCUUUAAAAGAAGUCGAUAACCUCUUGCUCGAUUUGAGCAGACCUGUAGCCUUUGAUGUCGGAUGCUUGAGAACCUGGAGAAAGGGAAAGGAACUGCUUUUCAGAUGUCUUUGUGUGGAGACCAAGAUGCUUGAAUUGAUAGAUAAGCAUAAAAUUGAUCAAUAAUAAUCCAGAAUAUCAGCUAUACCAUUUAAUAUAAUUUCUUGUAAACUCUCGUAU